CCCUUAAUUGUAGUUUUCAUCUUUUCAAAUAUCUCUUAUAUAUUUGCUCUCCUUAGUCCUCCCAACAUCAAUGGCAUACUUCCAUCUCUCAUUUCUUGCUCUCUUCGUUCUCCCAAUAUUCUUCAUUCUCUUUCUUAAACUCAUUGUCCGCCCUCACCCCAUCAAAAUCCCAAUCAAAUCCCGCCACGUGCUUAUCACAGGCGGGUCCAGCGGCAUCGGCCUAGCUUUAGCUAGGCAGGCUGCCGCUGAAGGCGCCCGUGUCACCAUCUUAGCACGCGACCUCAACAAGCUCGAGGAAGCCAAGAACUCUAUCCAACUCUCCACCGGUGUAGAAGUGGACAUCGUGAGCGCGGAUGUAUGCGACUUUGAAGCGGUUAAAGAAGCGGUUAAAAGUGUUGGCCCGAUUGAUGUUUUGGUUUGUAACCAAGGUGUGUUUGUAGCUCAAGAGAUAGUAAAUCAGGAGAUGAAGGAUAUUAGAAGCAUGAUUAAUGUGAACUUUAUUGGGACCGUUAAUUUAGUUAAGGCUGCAUUGCCUGGAAUGAAGAAUAGAAGUGACAGAAAACCGGUUUCAAUCGCUUUCAUGUCAUCGCAGGCCGGUCAGGUGGGCAUUUAUGGUUAUGCAGUUUAUUCUGCUACUAAGUUUGGCCUAAGAGGUUUGGCUGAAGCCCUCCAACAAGAAGUUAUUGCCGACAACAUUUAUGUUUCACUUAUAUUUCCCCCUGAGACGGAUACACAAAGUUUGGCAAAAGCGAAAAGGAUGAUGCCGCGAUUGACAAGCAUCAUGGCAGCAACCUCUAGUACAAUGCAAGCUGAUGAAGUUGCAAAGAAAGCAUUGAAUGGCAUCAAAAGUGGAAGUUUCUUUGUUUUCUGCAACUUGGAAGGAUUCUUCUUGUCCAUAGUAACCGCAGGUUUCUCUCCACAAAGAUCAUAUCUCAUGGCGUUUGUCGAGGUUAUUUUCAGCGGCGUAGCACGUAUAGCAGCAUUGUGGGUUCAGAGGACUUGGUACGGUAGCAUUGAGAAGUCGCAUGCACAAUACAAAUAGAAAUUAUAGGUGUUUAGAUCUGUCAUGUCAUAAUAAAGUUAAUAAAGAGUUGCAUAAUUUGACAUGAAAACAAAAUAAGUAUGUA